AUGGCUGCCAACGGUGCUCACCAUGCCUUUGACCCGGCGCAGGUCCUCGCCGCCUAUGGAACGAUGCGUGGCGGGGAAGCAGACAACAAGAAGAAGGCCGCCAUGGACUAUCUAGACAAGUACCAGAAAUCAAAAGAUGCAUGGACAGUAAGCUUCGCGCUUCUAGACGCCUCUGACGACGCCGGAGCGGUCAUGUUCGCAGCGACAACGCUGAAGGGAAAGAUAAAAUACGACCUCAUCUCUCAGGUACCCGAAAGCGACCAUGCGGCCCUACGAAACCAGCUUCUCCUUCUCCUCAAGAAAUUUGCACCAGGCCCAAAGCCAACUAGAGUGCAACUCUGCGUUUGCCUCGCCAAUCUUGCGAUACAGAUGAAGUCGUGGAAGGACGUGCUUCCAUCCGUUGUGUCUAGUCUUGGGAACGAUGUGGAGAGCCAUGCAGCCAUUCUCGACUUCCUCCGAGUGCUACCCGAAGAAGUGACCGACGGCCGCAAGCUCAACUUGUCUGAAGAAGAGCUCGCCGACAAGACGUACGAACUACUCUCAGACAACGCAGAGCGGGUAGUUCAACUCCUGAUCAACUAUGCGCAGUCAUCUGUGGCUGCUGCGCAGAACUCCCAGUUGAUGGAAUGCAUCAACGCAUGGUUACGUGAAGUGCCGGUCAACGUGAUCGUGAAGUCGCCCCUUCUCAAUAUCAUUAUCAAUGGUCUUUCAAACGACAGCUCUAUGCAAGCUUCGGCAGAGUGCCUUGGAACGAUAUGCCGAGAGACAAGAGAUGUCGACGACAACACCGAAACUAUCCAGAUCCUCCUACCCCGGAUAGUGGAACUUAGACCGCGCAUUGCCAAGGUAGUCGAGGAGGAUGAUACCGAAGCAUUCAAGUAUCUAACGAGACUGUUCGCCGACGCAGCAGAGUCAUGGUGUGUUGCAAUUGCCAGGGAGCCAGUCCACUUCCGACCGCUUGUCGACGCCCUUUUGGAAUGCGCCGCCAGAGACAGGGACCGAGACGUGAUGGACUCAACGUUUGGCUUUUGGUAUGAACUUAAGCAGUAUAUUGUUUUGGAAAGAUACGUGGAAGCCAGAAUGCAGCUCUUUGAUGUCUACUCUAAACUCGUUGACAUCAUGUUGAAGCAUCUGGAGUAUCCCCAGUCAGAAAGUGGCAACGAAUUGGACCUGUUCGACGGCGAUCGAGAGCAGGAGGAGAAGUUCCGUGAGUUCCGACAUCACAUGGGAGAUACGCUGAAAGAUGCAUGCGAGGUCAUGGGGGUGACAGACUGCUUGACCAAGGUGCUGGAGGCUAUCAAGCUGUGGAUGCAGAAGUACGCAAGCCAAGCCACCGCAACCUCCGUGCCGCACUGGCAAGAGCUGGAAGCCCCGCUCUUUGCUAUGCGUGCCAUGGGACGCAUGGUUGAAAAGGAUGAGAACAUUGUGGUGCCGCAAUUGAUGCCGCUGCUGGUACAGAUGCCGAGCCAUGAAAAGCUUCGAUUUGCGACCAUCAUGGUUCUGGGGAGGUAUACGGAAUGGACAUCGGAGCACACCGAGUUCUUGGAGCCCCAGUUCAACUACAUUGUGUCCUCGUUCCAGACAGAUUCGAAAGAGAUUGUGCGGGCGGCCGCGCAGUCGAUGAAGUACUUCUGCACGGACUGCAAGAACCUGCUGAGCGGACAGGUUCUUCAGCUUCAGGGUUUCUAUGAUUCUAUUCUGGACAAGUUGCCCGAGCAAAGCCAAGAGGAGAUUACGGAGGGUGUUGCGAGUGUUGUUGGCGUUCAGGAUUCAGCCGAGAUCUACAAGCUCCUGAAGCUGUACUGUGAUCCGUUGGUAAAUCGACUAAUGACCAAGGCGAACAGGGCAGUCGACGACAAGAGCAAGUUGGCUGUUGCUGAUCAUCUUCAACUCAUCACAAUCUUCGUACAAUACGUCGUACCGUCGGUUCCAGCGGGCCAGGAGAACCCUGCAGUACGAUACUGGCAGGAAGUCUUCCCUAUUCUUGCGACCGUGCUAGACAACUUCCUAGACUUCAUCCCCAUCUGCGAAAGAGUGUGCCGAUGCUGGCGUAACAUGGUCAUAUCGUACCGAGCAGACAUGACUCCUCUCCUGGGGCCUAUGGCCAACAAACUAGCCGAUGGUUUUGUUAAGUCGCGGCAAGGCGCCUUCCUCUGGGUCACAGGGGCUAUACUAAGGGAAUUCUCCGACGACCGUGAGCACGUCGACGAGAACAUCUCUGAAAACAUCUACGCAUUUUUUGACACUCAAGCGACAAACGUUCUUCGAAUCAUGAGCGACCUCCCGGCCAUCGAGUUGCCGGACGUCAUCGAGGACUUCUUCCGCCUUCUUGCUGACGCCCUCCUAUACUACCCUCAAAAACUCAUAUCUUCCACGAUUUUCACACCUAUUUUCCAGGCAGCUAUCUCGGCACUGUCAUUGGAACAGCGGGAUCCGGUAUCGCAGACCCUCCGUUAUCUACGUGACCUUGUCACUUACGGCGGAGGCAACCCAGCUGCGUCGAAUGUCGAGUUCGGGCCUGCUACGGAACAGGUCCGACAAACCAUUCAACAGCUACUGAUCGCCCACGGAGAGCCGCUGAUCAAGCAGGUCAUGGCUGGCAUGAUGAUCACCUUCCCCCCAGACUGCUUCGCAGACGGUAGUGGCCUUCUGUUGGGCAUGUUUGAGCUCCUUCCCUCACAGACGGCGACCUGGCUUGAAAGUGCUCUGAAAAUGCUUCCGCAGGGCACCGUCACGCCCGUUGAAGCGAACCGGCUCAUAAGCAAGAUCAGGGAGAAGUUGCAGAGCGAAGACCAAGGCGGCCUCCGCCAGGUUCGCGUGCUCCUACAAGACUUUGCCAAUACCUACCGUCGACGGUAUGUUGCCCCGCGAGAUGGCCUUGGCCAGCUUGCGGGCACACGCUUCCACUUCGAAGGCUAG